AUGAAUUUAGUAAAUACUAAUUAGGCUUACAAUAUGAGAUUGAUGCAGGAAAGAUAUAUAAAGGCUGCUUAUUAGUAUGUAAGUUAGGCCUUGAUCGACUCAGUAAAGAACAGUGCAUAAGACCAGAAGAAUCUAAAAGUUGCACUAUUUAUCAGUUUCAAUAUUUUUCUGUUUUUUAUUUACUUUUUUAUAUGGAUUCCUCUUGUAUUCCGUAUUUUGAGUGAUAUGCUCAAGAAUCGCUUAAUGCUAACAAUAAUCCCAUUACAAGUAAUUCAUAAAACUGCAUCAAUAAGACUAUAUAUUAGAAAAAUUAUAAAUCAUUGA